CGAGCUGGUUGUCGUCACCUGAGAACCAUUACAACAUCAGUCGAAUAUAAGCGUACAGAUUCGUCACUUUCACUUCAUUUGACUUCCCUGUUUUCCUCCCUCAUCGCAGGCCUCGUAGAAUUGCCUAUAGUCCAACUCCGUCUCACCUCCCAUCCCUGCUCUCUCCCCUGAUCGGCAGUGGUACUGUGUAGCGAGAUUGCCAAUCAAUUCCCGAUUUUCCGAAGAUUGUUCGCUAGCUGUUAGCAAUAUGGACGCGCUGAAGACUGUGUUCAACCGGAGAAUCGCUCUCCCCGUUGUUGUUGCAGCGGCGUUGCUCCAUAAUAGUGCCGAGGCCCUGCAAUCUCCAGGGCUCCGGAGACAGCUAGUCAACGCCCACUCUUUCGCUGAGGUGGAGUCGACAGGAUACAGCUGCCUCGAAAAAGGCAAGGAGUACGUUGGUUUCAGCCUGACUGAGUUCACCGAAGUGGGUGACGCUGCUUUGUGCCAGCAGAGGUGCAAUCAACACCCGCAGUGUGGCUUCUUCACAUUCUAUUCCAAUGGGAACCGAUGCGUGCUCCAGUCCCGCAAGCCUUCUCAGGAGAAGAACAAUGCCAAUGCCGUUUCUGGCCCGAAACGGUGCCCGCUUUGCCUCGUUGAUUCCUUUGAUUUCAGAGGCGAGAAAAACAUGCACGAUAAUGGGGUUCCCGGUAUCAAAACAGUCGUCGAGUGUCAAAUGGGGUGCGCAGCGGAGCCCAAAUGCAAAGGCUUCCUUUUCCAACACAAGACCAAGCAGUGUCACUUCAAAACAAGUGAUAACUAUUUGAAAUCGCUCCAUCCGGACAAUGAGUAUGUCGCAGGUCCGAAAACGUGUACGGGUGAACACUGGUGCAUCAUGAAGGAUAUUGGCUACGAAGCCAUGUACACGAGACGGUCCCAAACAAACUCAGCGGAAGAGUGCCAAAAUAAGUGCCUCAACGACGAGCAGUGCCAGUAUUUCACCUGGCAAGUGUCGAACAAGCAUUGUUGGUUGAAACAUGGACCUACCAUUGCCAACUCCAAAUACAACCGUCAAGGCGACCAUUCAGCACCAAAACACUGCGGCCUGCCGACCACAUGUGUCAAGGAGCGGACCAAGUACGCGGGCGAAACCGUUGCGACGUUCCCCAAGAGCGAGGUGGGGACCUUCGAGUCCUGCCAAAUGAAGUGCUGGAAGACCAGCAAGUGUGUGUUUAUGCACUUCAACAAUGAUGGCUGCACGCUCUCUGGGAUCAAUGCAACCGCUCAAACUGAUGCGAACUCCAAAGCAGGCGAUAUCACAUGCUGAAUGAAACGUUAACCCCUCAGCUCGUCAUUUCUAAGAAUUCGGAAACGUAGCGGAAUCAUUGUUAUUUGAGCGGAUCCUCCAGAAAGGCAUCGUUGCGGGAAGUUGACUGCUAAAUAAACUCUUUAAGUGAAUACCCCCGUUGGUUCUGUGAUGGAAUGUACCACAGGUUCGUUUCUUGCUUCAUCAUUUCGUCUCCUCUGGCUGCGGUGUUCAGUUCGAGAUACGUUGGAAAUUCUCAGGCGCCGUGCUACGUGAGGUGCCAGCGCAUUUCGCAUUUGGCGCUUGGGUGAGUGGAACUCUAUGAAUGGUGGUUGAUUGCCGCUGGUGGUCACGAAUUAUGAACUCGUUCGUGAGAACAAUCAUUGAGUAGCCGCAGCCGCAUAUGCGCAACUGGGAGACGGGGCGCCGUGGCUUGUAAGGCGGCAUUUUCUAGGGUGUGCACUCCUUUCCAAUAGUGAGCGACUGAUCGCCCUGUGAAUUCGAGUUACCCCU